AUGAAGCUCUUCCAAAUAAUUCCCACCCUGUUUCUCUUCCGGACAGCGGUAGCUGGUCCUUCUCAUUACAAUGAGCCAUUCGAUAUGUAUGAUGACAGAAAGAUCUCUAGCCGAGACCUCGCUCCAGCUCAGAUAGAGCGACGAUCAGAUUGCCUUACGAUAGCACAUGCAAUUUAUACGACGACAACUAUGGAAGUAGGGCUUAUUUAUGCUUCUGCUACUUCGUCAGCCCUCAAGCUUGUCUGUAAAGUCGCAAAGAAUAAUGACUGCGUGGAAUUGUUCGACACUGUUAGCGAUGGACUCAAUGUUGUAUUGGGUGUCUCGACAGCAACGAAGGGCUAUGGAAUUGUGUCAGCUUAUCUCUCUGGAAGCGUUUCAACAACAUGGCCGGACCGUCGAUCUCUUGCUGAUGAUGAAUACCCAAGCCUUGACAAUGCCCUCCGAGCCUAUGGCUAUCAUUUUGACUCUAUAACAGAUGAGACUCCUACAAGCAGCGGAGCAGGCAGAAAUACAAGCGAACCAGGCUUGGUCUAUCAAUACAUGUUGAACAAUUUCAGGAAGGGUGAUAACGUUGGUCGUGACUAUGCCCUCCUUGCGUUUGAAGAUGGCACUGCACAGCUUCAUGCCCCAUUGAAUGGCUUCGGCAACAUGAAUGAUACUAUACAAAAGCGAACAUCAACUCUGAAAGGAGUCAAGAUUGCUUUCCAGCUUGGCACCGGCAGAAUACUUAACUCUUCGUAUCGAGAAGGUGCGGCCGAAGCUAUUGCGAAUAAGUGGUUGACUUAUGCCAAGAAAGGUUACGCAGACACGUAUGGAUUGGUGGAAAAGACCGCGACCUCCGUUCUUUACUACCGGACUAUAUCGGAGUUGGAUGGCUGGGGUACCAACUAUGAAAACGUGAAUGCUUGUGGCGCCCUGUCUGAGUAUCUUGGAGAAUAUAUAGGCGAGGCUUAG